UAAUCGUGACCAGUCUGACAAGUUUGUACGUAGUUCCGACAAAAUUUAUAUCCAAAUCGUAUAAAUACAGCUGAAUAUAAAAUUAAGCCGUCAGUUACGUUUUCGAAACCGACCAGUACAUUAUUUCAGCCUAAGGAUGAUUAAGAUCGUCGUUCUGGUCGCCCUCGUGGCUGUUGCCUCUGUAAAUGCUUCGUUCCAAACCGGCAAUGUAAGCCCGACUGGUCGUAUCGUUGGUGGUGAGGAUGCCGCCAUCGAAGAAGUACCCUACCAGGUAUCUCUCCAGGUCUUCGGCUCGCACAUCUGCGGUGGUGCCAUCAUCUCCGACACCUGGAUCUUGACCGCUGCUCACUGCAUGGUCUACCCCAGAAGAUGGUUCACCGUUCGCGCCGGUUCCACCGUCUCCAGCAUUGGCGGCACCCGCACAUCACUCAGUUCAGUAGUGAGCCACGCAAGCUACAGCUCAAACAGAUGGGGAAUCCCGAUCAACGACAUCGCUCUGCUGCAACUGGCAUCAGCCCUCACCCUAGACUCCACCCGUCAGCCCAUCUCUCUGUACGCCGUUGACGAGGAAGCCAGCGUCGGUUCCAUCGCUGUCAUAACCGGAUGGGGUACUCUUACCGAGGGAGGCAGCGCUUCCAGAACUCUCCAGACUGUCUCUGUCCCCAUUAUUUCCAAGGCUGACUGCAACAGCGCUUACAGCGUCUGGGGAGGACUUCCCGACGGUCAAAUCUGUGCCGCGUAUCCUGAGGGAGGCAAAGACGCCUGCCAGGGUGACUCUGGUGGUCCCCUCGCUAUCAGCGGACGUCUUGCUGGUGUCGUUUCCUGGGGUAACGGUUGCGCCCGCGCUGGAUGGCCGGGUGUAUACACUGAGGUCGCGUCCUACCGCAGCUGGAUCUCCACCAACUCUGGAGUCUAAAAAUCAGUCUCCAUUUCACCUAGGCUAUCCUUCAAGCAACCGCGGGGCUUGAUUUCAUUAACGAUAUUUUAAAUUAAUAAAUACAUGUUUGACGAAUCCGAUCAUCCUUGUAGCUGUUGAACCGUUCAUAUUCUUAUCCACCUGAGUAACAGUGUCUUGACCGUACAUUUGUGUAUAUUUGCUACGCAUAUUGCCAACUUUAAUUUAAUUACAGAUAUAGCGACAUCGAAUAAAAUACUAGGCUCCAAUUACU